AUGACCAACCCCAGUAGCAACGGACCUUCGAACGACACUGCCAGCAGGCAUGCGACAGAUAUAGAGGGCCUUGCUCUCUCCUCAAACCUGCCAGAUAGUGUGCCUGAGCUUCUUCAAUUGGUUGCCACCCAUGGCAAAGAUCUACUUGCGCAAGACCCCGAAGCGCGCUCCAAGUUGCUAGAAGCUACCCGGUCGUUGACCUAUGCAUUGGAAACCCCCGCGAGGCAAUCAUUCGACACUGCUGGUCUGAGGUACGUCAUAAUUGUCUCUACGAGCUAUGCAGCCCUGGAAACCGCUGUUGAUAUCAACCUAUUUUCUGCGCUGGGCACAGAUGACAAGCCCAAGACUGUCACUGAGCUUGCGGAGGCGACCAGCGUGGAUCCGAUCUUGCUCGGGCGAUUGAUGAAGCAUCUCGCCGCGAUGGGAACAAUCACCGAAACUGGUUACAAUGAAUACUGCGCCACCGGCCUUUCAAAGGUCCUCACUAUUGAGAGAUAUAGCGACGCCUUCCCUCUCAUGACUCGUCGUUUCACUAAAGGCAUCAUGGCCCUACCAGCCUUCCUUAAGAAAAACAAAUACCAAAACCCCACCAGCCCGACAGACACAGCCUUCCAAAUGGGCUAUGAAACAGACAUGGGAUUCUUCGGACACGUGCAACAGGAACCGCUCACCGCGAAGCAAUUUAACAAUCACAUGUCCGUAUACGCGCAAGGCCGGGUCCGCUGGAUGGAUCCUGGUUUCUACCCUGUGCAAGAACAGCUUAUUGAUGGGGUCACAAUUGGCGAGGACGAUGUCCUGAUGGUUGAUGUGGGAGGCAGCUUUGGUCACGAUCUAUCAGACUUCCGUCGGAAAUGGCCUGAUGUGCCAGGUCGUCUGGUUCUUCAAGAUCUGCCCGAGGUGGUGGUUUCUGCUAAGAAUCUACAUGCCUCUAUUGAUGUGACCGCUCAUGAUUUCUUUACGGAGCAACCGGUGAAAGGAGCUCGCGCCUACUAUAUGCACUCUGUUCUCCAUGAUUGGCCCGAUGAGCUUUGCCGCAAGAUUCUCGCGAAUAUUGUGGCGGCUAUGCGACCUGGAUAUAGCAAGGUGUUGGUGAAUGAGAAUGUGAUUCCGGAUACAGGCGCAUACUGGGAAACGACCAGUUUGGACUUGAUUAUGAUGGAGAUUGGAUCUGGCGAACGUACUGAGCGCCAGUGGCACGCACUAUUGGAGUCUGCUGGACUGAAAAUUGUCAAAAUUUGGACUGCUCAGAGAGGCGUGGAGAGUUUGAUCGAGUGUGAACUAGCUUGA